AAGCAGCCCCCGACCUUGUGCUUGCUUGGUUGCUGCUGCCGCCGUCACCCCUCCUCCACCUCUACCUUUAUACGACCUCGUCUCAACUACUCCUCAUCUCCUCCAACUUGACCAUCACCUCCGACAACAGAUCUUCGCGACGAUCGACAAGACAUAGCAAGCGGGCUCGUGAGAGAUUAUUGCAGAUAGAUAGAUACGUACUCUAUUGCAUUCUUCUUUCGCUCCCCCGAUGGCGUACUACAACUCGAAUCCCGACGCUCUGCCCGCCCAUGCGGAGCCUGAACAGGCAGCACAAAUGAUGGCAGACUUCCAAGAACGUCCAGCCGGACGCCCGCAGCAGCAGGGGCAGCAAGCGCACAAUUAUCAGCAGGGAGGUUACGGGCAGCAGCAACACCCCCAGCAGCAGCAACAGCAGCACCCCCAGCAGCAACAUCCCCAGCAAGGAUACGGGCAGCAGCAACAUCCGCAGCAACAGCAGCAGCAGUACGGCGGCGGCGGCGGCGGCGUACCUGGUCGCGGUCCCAGCCCGGGAUACAGCCAAGCUCCCCCGCACAAUCAGUUCGCCAGCCCGCCGCCGCCUAACGCGUUUGCCAGUCCGCCUCCACCGCAGGGAUAUGGACAGCGACCGCCGCCGGUUUCCCGGCCGCCGCCUACUCCGGCGCCGCCCGGCGGUCCCGACCCCGCUCUGUUUCCGCUGUUCAAGGCGGUCGAUAAGGACGGAAGUGGACAGCUGAGCGAAAAGGAGCUGCGCGCUGCCCUGGUGAACGGUGAUUGGACCUCGUUCGAUCCGCAUACGGUUCGCAUGAUGAUCAGGAUGUUCGACACCGAUCGCUCGGGCACCAUCGGAUUCAAUGAGUUCUGUGGACUGUGGGGCUUUCUUGCCGCGUGGCGCCAGCUCUUUGACCGCUUCGACACGGAUAAGAGUGGUAACAUCUCGUACCAAGAGUUUGCGAACGCUCUUGCGGCUUUUGGAUAUCGGCUGUCCCCGCAAUUCGUGCAGCUGCUUUUCAGGUCAUACGACCGAAGAGGACAGAACGCCAUCUCGUUUGAUCUGUUUGUGCAGAGCUGCAUCUCGCUGAAACGCAUGACGGAGGUCUUCAAGAAGUACGACGAUGAUAGGGAUGGCUUCAUCACCCUCAGCUUUGAGGAGUUCUUAACAGAAAUCUUACGGCAGCGUUGAUUGAUGAUGAUGGUAAUUGGUGUGUUGUGCUGUCCCCCCGCUGAAAUCGUGUGUGUGUCCUUUUCGGGUCGGUUUUUGGCGAAAUCUAGUCAUGAGAAUCACGGU